AUGGCACAUGUAGGUUGCACUCGCGCUUCGUCCUUAGUUCGCCUAUCGCCGCUCGUUCCCGAGCACGCGGAGUCGCGUUCACGCAAGCCCACAGUGUCACUCUCACAGCGCCCACGCACUCCCGCUCCUCGCGCCGCUUCCGUCGCCGCGAUUCCCGCUGUCUCACUCCUCGCCGCAUUGCCAGCGUCCGCGGCGGCGGCGCUUGCGGAGGAAUCACCCGCUACCGACAAAGUGCGAUCCGCCGUCGGGAGCUUAAUAACUGCCGCGGAGGAUCUUGAACGCGCCGCCUCGUCGGCAGCCGGAGUUGAUAAAGCGCGAUCCGCUGUGGGGAGUCUAGUUUCCGCCGCGGAGGAUCUGAAACGCGCGGCGGCUUCCGCGUACCGCGAUAUUGCUGGCGCUGGCGGCGCGGGAUCCGCGGGGGGGGACGGCGUGGGGGGGGAUACCGCGCAGUUUGGUUCUGCGGUGGGGGAUAUAGUCUCUGCGACGGGAGAUCUCGAACGCGCCGCUGUUGGCAUUUUUGAAAAGGCUGUGUCAGCAGAAGAGAGCGUGUCGGAGCAGGUGGGCAGGCUGCUUGGGUCGGGUGCGGAAGCGACGCAGAAGCUUCUGGAGUCCGGCGGGGAAGCAUUGCAGGCGGACACAUCAGGGGUGGCGAGGAUGAUUGGCGACGCUGCCGGCGCAGGGAUGGAGGCGGUUGAAAAACUAUUUCAGGAAGGGGCUCCUGCACUGGAUGGCGUGUGGUCGCUCUCCCUCCCAACAAACGGAACCAUUUUCAACACUGUGUCAUCAGCAUCCGCGUUUGUAACAGCUCCUUUAAGCACAGCGUUUGGUCCCCGCGCCAGUGAUGCUGCUCCCCGCGCCCUUCCCAGCACACUAUUUCCAUUCACCCCCACCAACUUUUUCCCUGCAACUCCUCCCGCCUGUCCUCCGUUCCUGGAUCAGCCUGGUUCCGGCGCCAGUGACGCUGCUCCCCACGCCAUUCCCAGCGCACCAUUUCCAUCCACCCCUACCAGCUUCCUCCUUCCCGCAACUCUUUCUUUUGUCCUCCAGGACUCGGGGUCGGUUCCUGGAUCAGGCCUGGUCCCCGCGCCAGUGACGCUGCUCCCCACGCCCUUCCCAGCACACCACUUCCAUCGAGCCGUGGAGCUCGCCCCUCUCUUCAACGCCCUGGUGGAUGCAGUCAGCCAGGACGCGGAUUUCCUGCAAUCGACUCUCGCAAGUGCAGGGCGCUCUGACUCUUUCACAGCCGGUCUCCUCCGAAUACACGCGGAGAUAAUAAAGGAGGGCAUACAGCAGCCUUUACGGUUGGGCAUGCACAGAUCCGACUACAUGCUGGACACAGUGACAGGGGGCGUGCUGCAGGUGGAACUCAACACCAUCUCCUCGUCCUUCCCUGGCCUCACUUCACGGGUCACAGACCUGCACAGGCACAUGGUGGGGAUGUAUGGGGAGAAGGCAGGUCUGUCGGUGGACUCUGUGCCUCUCAACACGGCAGCAGCGGACAUGGCUGAUGCGCUGGCAGCAGCGUGGAGGGAAUACGGGGAUGAGAGCUCUCUCAUUUUGAUGGUGGUGCAGAAGCCAGAGCGGAACAUGUAUGACCAGCACUGCUUGUCGCAGCUCGUGUGGCAGAGGCACGGGAUUAGAGUGCUCAGGAAGAGCCUGAAGGAGGUGCAGCAGCAGGGGGCAAUAACAGAUAGUGGCGACUUGACAGUCGACGGCCAUCACAUAUCAGUGGUAUAUUACCGUGCAGGCUACGGCCCCGGUGACUACCCAACUGAUCUUGAGUGGGAGGCCCGCUUGUUACUUGAGCGAUCAGCAGCAGUCAAGUGUCCCACCAUCGCGUACCACCUGGCAGGAGCGAAGAAGGUGCAGCAGCAGCUGGCACAGCCGGGUGUGCUGGAGAGGUUCGUAUCAGACGAGGCGUCUCUGCAAGCCAUGCGGCAAUGCUUUGCUGGGCUGUGGAGUUUGGAGGAGGAAAGGGGGGCAGGGGAAGGACCAGCUGAUGGUGGGGCAGCACGGAAUGAAAUCAUUUCGAAAGCGAUUCGGGAGCCAUCCGAGUUUGUGCUGAAGCCGCAAAGAGAGGGAGGAG